UGAAGUCCAGCUUUCCAUUAGUCCAGCCUUAAAAAUACAGUCCUUAUCUUUUGGGAUUAAACUGAUUCAAAAAUAUCCUGCGUGAUCUACGGUCUUGAGCUACUGGGAAAAUGCACUCCUCACCCACACAAACCUUUCGAAGCACAACCAUUUCAGACAUUUAGUGCUGGACGUGUAGCAGCUGACUUUUUUCCUUUUAAAAAAUGCUGAGAAAAUCAUUUGUUUAUGGUCUUGGAAGAAAGUGUUUAAUGAAAAUAUGGUUUUUGCCCUAGCACACCAAAGAUUUAGAUGUGAAUUUUACUUGCAAAAUGCUGUGUGCCAGGUUGAGGAUAACACAGAAUAAACUUUAUUACUUCACAUAUCCCACGUGAGUGCUGACUGAUGGAAUCUCACUCCACAAUAAACCCAUUAGUCUUUUGGGAGCUUUGUAAUUCCCCUCCUCUUUCCAGGUACAGUUGCCUUCACUGUGUGGCUUUUCUUUCCGUAUUUGUCACACACUGCUUUUUAGCCAGUAAAACUUGAUUUGAUACUAUGAGUGUGCUGUUGACGCACCUACUGGUAGUGCUUAUGACCUCAUUAUGAAGUGCAUAGCUCCACACUUCUGCAACCUUUAAAUGGUACGCUAUGAAGUAAUGUUCUUUCAUUUUGUUAACUCCUACGCCCUCCUCUGGAUGCUGGAGAUCUACCACCUUGUAGUUUGAAUAUGUUUUUAAACAAAGCAAAACAUCUGAGACCCCCAAGGCCGUUCCUUCUCCUUUUUCUCAAGAAACUUCAUCUCCUGUAUCACUUCUCUCUCCAGCCCCAUUUAUUGUAUUCUGUAGAAGCAGAGCAUGUUGCUGUCUGAGGCAGAAAAUCCUAAUGGCUAUUAAACACAGGGUGCAAUCUGCUAGGGUGUUCUGGCAUACACUUGUAUUGACUGCCAUGUUCUUGUGCUGCUCCUUUGUGUUUACAUUGAGCUAUGCUAGAAGAUUUCACACUGGAUUCUAGGUCAUGUUUGCCUGUGUCCUACUUUGUUGCUGCUAAUGGCAUCCAGAAUCUGCCAGGAUGGUGGGGCUGGUAUGCAGGGGAGACUAUGCCCCAUGUAUGGAACUUCUAUGUUCACACUAGCUGGAUUUUCCUUCCGGCUUUGGCCCUUUCCGCAUGGGCCAAUAAACCUGGGAUGACAAUAUCUAAUAGUAAGCUGUUUGGUCUUUGGUCUAUUCAUGAAUGAUGAAGCAGCACAAUUCGGCCACCCACUGCAAGGUAAGGGUGUAUACAUCCUCGGAAGGACAUUUCAGGUAUGCAGAAAAUGCAGUUUUGUUGAUGAAGGGAACCUUCAGCAAGCUGCAUGAUGAGGACUGAGCAUGUUCCAGGAGGGAUAAAAUGUUGAGAGCAGCUGAGCAUCACUUAAAGGGCAGAGGGAAGAAGCAGAAAUCCGCCUUCUCAAACCUUUGAAGGUUUACAGAAUGUUUGAAUGGGAGAAUUUUCAAAUUCCCCCCCCCCUUGAAUAUUUCAGUGCAAGCUCUCAUCUUGUGCAUAUUGCUAAUUAGCAUUUAUGUUGCACUUUCUUGUUAAAAAACCUUUCAUGUAUCUGAAACCAGGCCACUCUUAUUGCCCCAAUAUCAUGGAUGUAGGAGAGGGAGACAGGUAAUACUGACUUGCCUGAUAAUGACUCCUUGUGAGUUCGUGCCAGAGAUUAGAUUUGAGUAGAGGCAAUCUUGGUUCCCAUAUCAGUCUCUCUCUUAAUUAUGAUACUAUUUCUGUUAAAUGCCAAACACACAUACUGGCCGCAAGCUCCUCCCUCUUUCCAAUCAUGUAUUUUUUUAAAAAGCAAACAAACCCAAAGCUAUGACUUAUUUUCCUUUUCUGCCUUGGUAUUUCUGGAUGACUUCCCUCACUAGGUCUGUCACUGUUGCACAAAGUCAGAAGUAAAUCAAGAAGACAUUGAGUGAAAAUUAGAUUAUCUCUCUUUUUUCUGGGCUGAUGGCAUAACUGCCUCGUUUCUGGUUACAAAAAAGAUCAGUGUGAGUGAUGGAGAGUGUUGGACUAGGGCAGGGUAGCCAACUUAUGGCACUCCAGAUGCUCAUGGACUACAGUUCCCAUCAAUUCUCAAUUGGCCAUGCUGGCAGGGGCUGAUGGGAAUUGUAGUCCAUGAACAUCUGGAGCACCAUAGGUUGGCCACCUCUAGACCUAGGGCCUGGGAGACCUGGAUUUGGAUCUCCACUUGUGCCAUGGAAGUUUGCUGGGUGACCUUAAGCCAGUCACAUUUUCUUAUCCUGACUUCCCUUACAAGGUUGUCGUGAAGCUAAAAUGGAGGAGAGGAAAACGAUGUAAGCCACACUGGGUCCCCAUUGGGGAGAAAGGCCGGCACAAAUGAAUUAAGGAAAGAAAGCCUGUACUUAUUCCGUGGUUGCCACUGCCUGGGCUGUGGGUUUGUGGGGACAGACGGGGACUCAGCACAGCAUGAAGCUGAGGGGUGGAGGGGGCACAUUUGCUGGCGCCGGGCAGACGCCCUUCCUUCCUUUCAAAACCACCAGUGCAGACAUGCUCAUGGUGAGGUUUUCCCUGAUGAUUGCCACAUACCCUAUUUUCCCUACUGUGCUCCAGAUCCCCUUAUUUCUUUCAUAGCUGUACUUCCAGGCUGAGCAUCUCCAGGAAAACACUGUUGGUGUAUCAGUGGGAAAGCUCACUGCCACUGGUGAGGCUGAAAUUGAUGCCCUAGGACCCCUUCAGCCCCUGCUGGCUGACUCCAGGAUGGCCCCCGAGGUAAUCUUGGCAAUGGAUGAAGGACAAUAUGACGGAAAGGUAGACGUCUGGUCUCUUGGAAUCACAUGCAUAGAGCUGGCGGAACGGAAGCCUCCCCUCUUCAAUAUGAAUGCUAUGAGUGCCUUAUAUCAUAUAGCCCAGAACGACUCCCCUACGUUACAGUCGAAUGAAUGGACAACCUCUUUUAGGGGAUUUGUUGAUUACUGCUUGCAAAAAAUACCUCAGGAAAGACCGUCGUCAGCAGAGUUAUUGCGGCAUGAGUUUGUUCGUUCUGAGAGACCGCCCCGGGUUCUAAUAGACUUGAUUCAGAGAACAAAGGAUGCUGUGCGAGAGCUGGAUAACCUUCAGUACCGGAAAAUGAAGAAAAUCCUUUUCCAGGAGGCCCACAAUGGCCCUCUGAAUGAAUUUCAGGAAGAGGAGGAGGACAGUGAGCAUGGGACAAACCUCAGUAGGAAGAUGGACAGUCUGGGCAGCAACCAUUCUAUCCCCAGCAUGUCUGUGAGCACAGGCAGUCAGAGCAGCAGUGUCAACAGCAUGCAGGAGAUCAUGGAUGAGAGCAGCUCUGAGCUGUUCAUGAUGCAUGACGACGAGAGCACCAUUAAUUCCAGUUCCUCUGUUGUGCACAAGAAGGAUCAUGUAUUCAUAAGGGAUGAGGUGGGCCACGGGGAGCGCAGGCCUGAUCUGCGGCCUACCCACCCAGUCCAGAACCAGGCCCUCCACUACCGGAACCGAGAACGCUUUGCCACAAUCAAAUCAGCAUCUUUGGUUACAAGGCAGAUCCAUGAGCAUGAGCAGGAGAACGAGUUGCGGGAACAGAUGUCAGGAUAUAAGCGGAUGCGGCGCCAGCACCAGAAGCAGCUGAUCGCCCUGGAAAACAAGCUGAAGGCUGAAAUGGACGAGCACCGCCUCAAGCUGCAGAAAGAGGUGGAGACUCAUGCCAACAACUCGUCCAUUGAGCUGGAGAAGCUGGCCAAGAAGCAAGUGGCCAUCAUAGAGAAGGAGGCAAAGUCAGCAGCGACAGAUGAGAAGAAGUUCCAGCAGCAGAUUUUGACUCAGCAGAAGAGAGAUCUGACCAAUUUCUUAGAAAGUCAGAAGAAGCAAUACAAGAUUUGCAAGGAAAAGAUUAAAGAGGAGAUGAACGAGGAUCACAGCACACCGAAGAAGGAGAAGCAAGAGAGGAUAUCCAAACACAAAGAGAACAUGCAGCACACACAGGCUGAAGAGGAGGCCCAUCUUCUCAGCCAGCAGAGACUCUACUAUGACAAAAACUGCCGUUUCUUCAAGCGAAAAAGCAUGAUCAGGAAGCACGAGUUGGAGCAGCAGAAUAUUAGGGAGGAGCUAAAUAAGAAGCGGACGCAGAAGGAGAUGGAGCACGCCAUGCUAAUCCGGCACGACGAGUCGACGCGGGAGUUAGAGUACAGGCAGCUGCACACGUUGCAGAAGCUACGCAUGGACUUGAUCCGGCUGCAGCACCAGACUGAGUUAGAGAACCAGCUGGAGUACAACAAGCGGCGGGAGCGGGAGCUGCACAGGAAGCACGUGAUGGAACUUCGGCAGCAGCCCAAAAACUUGAAGGCCAUGGAAAUGCAGAUCAAGAAGCAGUUCCAGGACACGUGCAAAGUGCAAACCAAGCAGUAUAAAGCACUCAAGAACCACCAGCUGGAAGUGACUCCAAAGAGUGAGCACAAAACUAUUCUGAAGAGCCUGAAGGAUGAGCAGACGAGGAAGCUUGCCAUCCUGGCUGAGCAGUAUGAGCAGAGCAUCAAUGAGAUGAUGGCAUCGCAAGCGCUGCGGCUGGAUGAGGCUCAGGAAGCGGAAUGCCAGGCCCUGCGGCUGCAGCUUCAGCAGGAGAUGGAGCUGCUCAAUGCCUAUCAGAGCAAAAUCAAGAUGCAGACGGAAGCACAGCAUGAACGGGAGCUCCAGAAGCUGGAGCAAAGGGUGUCGUUGCGCAGGGCACAUCUCGAGCAAAAGAUUGAAGAGGAGCUGGCCGCCCUGCAGAAGGAGCGCAGCGAGAGGAUUAAGUUUCUGUUGGAAAGGCAAGAGCGAGAGAUUGAAACUUUUGACAUGGAGAGCCUUCGGAUGGGCUUUGGAAAUUUGGUCACAUUAGAAUUUCCUAAGGAGGACUACAGAUGAGAUUAAAUUUCUUUUGCCAUUAAAAAAAAUGCAAACAAAAAAAUAUCUCAAAAUCCCAACAUUCCCCCCCAUGUUAACGGGUGUGCUCUCUCUCUUUCUGUCUCUUUAACUGACAUCACGUCGGACUUAGUGCCUGUAUAUUCUUACUCCAUCAGGGGCCCCCCCUUCCCGCCAGUUGUCAAGCUCCAGUGCUGGACCACGCUCGGCAAAGUUUCUCGAGUCUCAUAGUGUCUCACCGUAUUGAUGUCUCUGUGCAAUGAUUUUUUUUUCUAAAAAAAAAAGAGAGAAAGAGAAAUAUAUAUGUUUCAGUGAAAACUUUGGAGACAAUUCUAAUGAAUCAAAAAAAAAGUGGAUGUAUGUUUGCUCAAAAGCAAUCACUUCAUUUUUGCCACCAACCAAUGAAAGUACAAGCAAAAAAAAAGAGUAAUUUUUUUAAAAAAAGAAGUCAAAUCCCCAGGGGGAGAGAGAUGGAUGUCGCAGCCUUACCUUAAUCAGCUGCUGCAUAACUUUUUAGUUUUUAAUUUUGUUUGUUUCUUUCUUUUUUUUGGUAUUUAUUCAUCAGGAAUAAUUAAAUAAAAAAAUAAUAAAAAAUUUUAUUAAGAGAUUGAGAAAUUUGAUACAUUUUACAGAAAAAAAAUGAAUUCUGAAUUGUGCUGUACAUAUCAGUGGUGGACAUAUUAUUACUUUGGGGAGGGAAGGGAGGGGGGGUCCGUGGGGGGGGGCAGAGGGAGAGCGUGAUUUUUUGAAAAGGGCCAGGCCAGGCCAGGUGGGUUUUUGGCCGUGGUCUUUGGCACAUUCUUGAUUGUAUCAUAAUCAUUUUCUGCUGUAGCAGAGGAUGUGAAUACACUUAAAAAAAUAAAAAAGGAAAAAAAAGAAAAAACCAGAAGCCCAGAGGAUCCCAGGAGCACAAAUUGGGCCUUGUCAAAUUGUGUAUUUUGUGUAUAGAAGGAAAUUUAAGGAGAAAUUUACUUAUUUUCAUAUUGUAUUUUAACUGUUUCUCUGAUCAGAAGUUUUUUUACUACCUGCCUCCUUUUCCUAUCCUCCCUGGCCACUCCCCCCCACCCCCACCCCCUUUCCAAGUCAGUCUUUGGAGUUCCACGGUCACAUCGCCUUGAUCUUUCCUCUCCUCCGCUCACCCCUUCCCCGUCCCCCUUCUUCCAUCUUUGGUUCCCCCACCUCGACGUGCCCCCCCUCUUCCCCGACCCCGAUAAUCUUGGUCAUAAAUAUUGCAUUAUUCACACUUUCAAACUGUGUAUUUUCUUACAAUAAAAAGGUUUAAAAAAAGGCUUUACUUCUUUUGCAUGCACUUUAAAAAAAACAAAAACGACAAAAAAAACCUUUUUCAGGUUCAAAGGAAGAGCAUGAUAACUGUCAGAGCUUUUAAUUAUAUUUGUAAAUAAAAGUGUUGCUCACGAA